CAGCCUCAGUUGACAAACCUCUCUGCUAGAGGAGAGUUCAGCUGUAACGUAGUAUUGUAUCAAGAAUCAGAAACUGGCUAACAUGGCUCGAGCUGUAGUCUUACUAGCGUCACUGCUGAUCUUUAGCAAUGUAGCUCGUUGUGCUUUCUCCCCUACAUUUAUCAUGGAUAUGGCAAAAAUUCUCAUAGACAACUACUGCUCACCAGAAAGACUUGCUGGUAUGGAAGAAGCAAUUGAAGCUGCCAGCAGUAACACAGAGAUUCUAAGCAUCCCAGAUCCUGCCACCCUUUCCAGUGUUCUGACUGAUGGGGUAAAAAACACAAUCGGGGAUUCCAGAGUACAAAUCACAUAUGAGCCAGAUCACAUACCUGCAGCACCUCCAGCCAUGCCUGACAUCCCACCGGAGCACCUGGCUGCAGUGAUCAAAAGCACUGUAGGAGUCGAGGUCCUGGAUGGCAACAUUGCCUACCUGAAAAUUCAGCACAUCAUUGGAGAGGAGAUGGCUCAGAAAGUUGGACCUCUUUUGCUAGAGUAUAUCUGGGACAAAGUUCUCCCCACCUCUGCCAUGAUUCUUGAUUUUCGCUAUUCAGUCAGUGGUGAGCUAUCCGGAAUUCCAUACAUUGUGUCCUACUUCACUGAUUCUGAGCCUCUAAUCCACAUUGAUUCUGUGUAUGAUCGCCCCUCUGACACCACCACAGAGCUGUGGUCCAUGCCUACCCUGUUGGGAAAAAGGUAUGGAACCUCCAAACCCUUGAUCAUUCUGACCAGCAAGAACACUAUUGGGAUUGCAGAAGAUGUUGCUUAUUGCCUUAAAAACCUUAAAAGGGCCACCAUUGUUGGAGAGAAUACAGCUGGGGGAACAGUGAAGACUGACAAAAUCAAGGUUGGUGACACUGACUUCUAUUUGUCUGUGCCAGUUGCUAAGUCAAUUAACCCCAUCACUGGCAAGAGCUGGGAGAUCAAUGGCGUGGCACCAGAUGUCGAAGUCGCUGCCGAAGAUGCCCUUGAUACUGCAAUUGCAAUCAUUAAACUUCGUGCUGAGAUCCCAGGGUUGGUUCAGGCUGCAGCCACACUGAUUGAUGACAACUAUGCAUUUCCAAGUGUUGGUGCUGUUGUUGCAGAGAAGCUGGAGGCAGUUGUGGCUAGUGGGGAAUACAACUUUGUCUCCACAAAAGAAGAAUUGGAAGCAAAGCUCUCUGCUGACCUCCUAAAACUGUCUGGGGACAAGUGCCUGAAGACCACCAGCAAUAUCCCUGCACUACCUCCAAUGAAUCCCACACCAGAGAUGUUCAUUGAGCUCAUCAAAGUUUCGUUCCACACUGAUGUAUUUGAAAAUAACAUUGGUUACCUUCGCUUUGACAUGUUUGGAGAUUUUGAGCAUGUUGCGGCCAUCGCUCAGGUAAUUGUGGAACAUGUCUGGAACAAAGUGGUUGACACUGAUGCACUGAUCCUUGAUCUGAGAAACAACGUUGGCGGGCCUACUACCUCCAUUGCUGGUUUUUGCUCAUACUUCUUUGAUGAUGAUAAGCAGAUUGUGCUAGACAACCUUUAUGACAGACCCUCCAAUACCACAAGAGGUGUCUUAACCCUUACCAAACUCACAGGCAGGAGAUAUGGCAGCAAAAAGAGCCUGUUAAUCCUCACCAGUGGUGCGACCGCUGGUGCAGCUGAGGAGUUUGUUUUUAUCAUGAAGAGGCUUGGACGCGCAAUGAUUAUCGGUGAGACAACCAGUGGAGGAUGUCACCCCCCAGAGAACUUCCGCCUGGGUGAGAGCGAUACCUUCUUGUCUAUUCCAAUCAGCCAUUCAGACACUUCUCAUGGCCCUUCCUGGGAAGGUGCUGGCAUUUCCCCUCACAUUCCAGUGCCCGCAGUCGCCGCCCUCGACACAGCAAAGGGGAUCCUCAACAAGCAUUUUGCCGUCCAGAAAUAAUCUAGGGCUGGUAUGGAAGCCAAAUGAUGUAGGAUAUGAGUAAUUUAGAUUUACAUAUUGUAGAGAGCCCGUUAUACUCUGUGUAGAUCUUUAAGUUCAUGUUUAGAAAACCUGUAUCCACAUUUAAGCCUUUUGAUGCUAGUUCAAACAUUCUCUAUUGUUUUUUUUUUUGUUUCUUAUGUAGUUCCUUAUAGCCCAUCCAAUCUAAAGGAACAUGGAGGAGUAGAAUGUGAUGGAAAUUAGCAUCCCUCCUGCACAUUAAUAUUGAUGGUUGGAGACUUAAAAAGUAAAGUUCAUAUGUAGGCCUAUCCUGAACUUUAACAUGUGUGAUGGGUACUUUGUGUACUAGUUAGUCUUUGUGCACAUAAAAAUGUAUUUAUCCUUGUAUUAAUUGAAAUUGUUAUGCCUCGUGUAAAACUGACAGAUAUGAACAAAUCUUGUUUAUAUAGCACCUUUACACUUCUAAUCUUCCCCUUUUUUCUUUUUUUUUCUUUUUUUUUGUUGGAAAAUUGGGUCUGAAACCAACUGAUAAAACUGAAUAAAUGCAAUAUGGAA